CCUGGCUUUUCCCGUUUGUGUUCUCUUUUUUUGUAUAUUAUAAUUUAUUGACCUUGUCCCUCCGCGCGCUUGCUUCCUAUUGGCCGCUUUCCCUUGCCAGUCCCCGCCUUCCGCCUGAAGGGAAGCUGCGUUUUGAUUGGGCGGGCGGAGCAAAGGUGGCGGAGCUGCUUCCGGGUGCGUCGUUAUGGUGACUGUGGUUGCCAGGUAGGAAGCUGAAGGUGGAAGCGAGGCGCGCGCGCGCGGGGCGGGGUUCGCUUACUGGGCCCCGUUCGGUCAAUACGGGAGGGUGGGCGGGGGGGUCCCCAUAGGCGUCGGUCCCGCUGGGUGGGGUGUCAUGUCUAGGUCCCAGGGCGUCCGGGUUCAAAGUCCCAAACAUGCCCGCAGCAAACCGCCACUGCCUCUCAGACCGGCCUACCUCACAGGGUUGUUGGGAGAGGAGGGAAGGGGCGGGGAAGGAAAGGAGCCUGCAUGCUGCUUUGUGGAGGAAGGGUGGGAUAAACAGAGCAAGGGAUAAGGGGCCACUGAGGCUCCCCUAGUCGCGGGGCUGGAUUUAGGUUUGAUGAGGCCCUAAGCUACUGAAGGUUAAUGGGGCCCUUUAUAUGUCCAGCUGUCCUUUGUCAACAAAAAAAUUUUUUUGCGUUGAAUAUAUGCUAUAUGGUAAUUUAUGGACCUAAUAGGUAUCUAAAGCCAAUUGCACAUAACAAAAUAUGUAUUUUAUCAAAGUAAUUGUUGAACUGAAAUAUAAUUAAGAAGUAUACUAAUAGUGGAACAUGAGUUUGACCAAACUGCAGGAGGCAGUGGAAGACAGGAGUGCCUGGCGUGCUCUGGUCCAUGGGGUCACAAGGAGUCGGACACAACUAAACAACUAAACAACAACAACAAAUAUUACUAUUGAAAAAUUUGGGGGCCCCCCAAGAGAGUGGGGCCCUAAGCUAUAGCUUGUUUAGCUCAGGUAUAGGCAAACUCGGCCCUCCACAUGUUUUGGGACUACAAGUCCCAUCAUUCCCAGCUAACAGGAAAAGUGGUCAGGGGUGAUGGGAAUUGUAGUGCCAAAAACAUCUGGAGGGCCGAGUUUGCCUAUGCCUGGUUAGCUUAUACGUAAAUCCGGCACUGCCUAGUUGUAUGUCAAAGCAGCGGUGAGAGUGGCCACCCACCUAGGGCGCUGGAGGGUUGUUAGCCCUUUCCAUAAGGCACCAUGGAGUUGCGCAGAAUAUGGGAAAGGUGGUGGUGGGGACUUGGGAUGUUGGGGGGACACGUUGUGCCCAUAUAGAACUGUAGAGUUGGAAGGGACCACGGGGGUAAUCUAGCCCAACCCCCUGCAAUGCAGGAAAUCUUUGCCCAACUUGGGGAUUCAGACCUUCAGCUCCUGAGAUUAACAGUCUCAUGCUCUAGCGACUGAGCUAUGCCGGUAAUCUCUCAGGCCUUUGGCUGAUCAGAUAACUGAUGGCCUUUUGAACUGGGUGGUGCUGGUUUUUUGUUUGUUGCUGUGUUGUGUAUUUCUGUGUUUCUAUACCGUAAACCACCUCCUGAUCCUCAAAUGUAGAAUGCGUAGAAAUGCAAUAAAUAAAAAUAAUAUUUAAGGAGAAGUGGGAAGAAAGACCCACAAGCAAGUGUGCCAAAGUGUUUCUGAACUCUUUGCAGCUUUACAACCUUGCCCGUGUGGUUUGAACUACAACUUGGGGCUGCCUGUAUGUUUUCAAGCUUUUUUUUUUUUGUAACCUUGGCAGUGCAGUCCUAUACAUUUUGUGGAAGUCAAUCCAGUGGGGCGGACUCCCAGGAAAAUGUAAGCUUUGUUGUUAUAACAAUCCUCAUUUUAAGCAUAGUUAUUGAUGAGGGGGACUGUGCGACAAAAUGCAGCCAUGUGGAACGCUUCUGUGCAGGGUUCCAGCUGUUCUAUUCCAUGCUGGUUUUCCCCACCCAACACACACACACACACACAACAUUCUGUGAUAUGUGCCCAUUCAGCAAGCUUAAUUUUCAUUGCCCUUCUUGGAUGUUUUCUCUAUUUGGGGGAUUGAGGUGUGUAAACUUGUGCCCAGUCCUCAAUACAUUAAAAUCUUCGAUCCCGAUCCCCCCAUUGUCAGCACUCACUUCUGUCCCUGGGGAUGUUUUAAUCAAUGUCAGGUGGGAAGGACUCCUCCUAUCCUUUACAUAUAUGUGUUGCCUUUUUUCCCCAGCCACUCCAUUUCCCCUCCCACCUGAUUUUUCCUUCCACUCAGCAUUCUGUGCCAUUGUGUUCUUAGGGGGCUGCUUUUUGGUGUUGCCUCUUUGACAGUUCCCCCUAAAGGUUCUUUAGGUAAAGAUAAAGGGACCCCUGACCAAUCGUGGCCGACUCUGGGGUUGCGGCGCUUUACGAGGGAGCCGGCGUUUGUCCGCAGACAGCUUUCGGGUCAUGUGGCCAGCAUGACUAAGCCGCUUCUGGCGAACCAGAGCAGCGCACGGAAACACCGUUUACCUUCCCGCCGGAGUGGUACCUAUUUAUCUACUUGCACUUUAACGUGCUUUCGAAGUGCUAGGUUGGCAGGAGCAGGUACCGAGCAACGGGAGCUCACCCCAUCACGGGGAUUUGAACCGCUAACCUUCUGAUUGGCAAGCCCUAGGCUCUGUGGUUUAACCCACAACAUUUGCAAACCUUGAGGUUGACUCAAGUUGGCUGAUACCUCCUUCUUCUGUGUCAGUGAUGUGGUUUUGAGUAGGAGGACUUGAACUGCCAUUAGAAAGAAGAGUUAUAUCGUAGCACUUUUUGGCAGCCUGAUGUUAAUCAUGUUUACUUGGAAGCAAGUUCUACUAAGUACAUUAGGAUUAGCUUCUCUAGAAGCCCUUCUUUUAAUUAUUUCUUGCUUGAUCCUCUGUAUGUUUGUUGGAAAUUCUGUAGAUUCUAGUGUGAUUUUCUGCACAAAUCUAUUGAUUCUGUGGUAGACAGUUAAAUCCUGAUGUGUAUUGUGGUUCUGGUAGGAUGUGCUGUGUUGGUAGGUAUUGUUAUAACAGGAUAGAGAUUAGACAACUAUGACACUGAAGAAUCAAAAAUAAGGAUGAGCUAGUUUGGUAAUUCUCUGAAUUUUAAAAUACUAUUUUGUUAUUUAAUAAGCAGGUGCUAUUUUUCUAGAAAAAGAGGUGUCGGAGCUCACCAUGAACUUCUCCCUUGUUCUCUUAGGAUGGCAAUUGUGCCCACCUGAGAGGUGCUGGAGCUGAGUAAAGGGUUACUUCCGGGUUUCGGCGCUUGUGCAUGCACAUUAGCGCUAAAUCACGCUUUGCGCAUGCGCAGAAGUGCUGAAUCAUGACCCGCGCGUGCACAGACGCGGCACUGAACGCUGCGGGUUGCGAACGUGCCUCCCGCAUGGAUCAUGUUUGCAACCCGAGGUUCCACUGUAUAGCAAAUCAAAGCAAGGCUACUGGGGAGGAGAGGAAUAAGCGCCUCUGAGCUCAUCUUUCCAAUUCUUCUCUCUAAACUUAAAUGACCUCCUCCAUCUCAAAUGCAGUGGAGUGUUUCUGAGCCUUGUUCUUGGAGGCCGUCCUUGAUCACUUGUGCCAAUGCUGGACUAAAAGUGUAAGCUUGGCUGCCAGCCAUUUCCUUUUUUAAAUCUGUCUACCCUCCGUCAAAACGUUUGAGACAGAUAUAGGGCACACUUCAGAGAAGGCAGCUCUGUGCAGAAAGGUAGGAUCUGGUGUGUGCGGGUGUGCGGGGUCACACUGUGAUUUUCACACUGCGGGGGGUGACCCGACAAGGCCUUGUGGUGUUUUACACAAAUAGAAUAAGGCCCAAGGCUGUGCUGCUUACAUUUAUUUUUAUAACGGCACCAUUUUACUUAAGGACAUUCCCCUCCCUUCUCACACACGAGCUCAAAUCAAAUCCUCUUCGAACCUCUCUUGGUAUUUGUUAUAAGUGUCUCAUUCUCUGCAAAGCAGAACAGAGAGGCAAUUGUGUUUCUACAUUUAGGUUUCUAAUGUCUAUAAGGGAGGGCUCUGCUUUGCAAACCUAAUUGUAGCAAGCCACUUUAAAUUUCACCUGCAAAGACUCCCUUUAAGAAUGUUUUAAAGCAUAGUUGGUUGAUACUAGCAGGAUAAGUCCAUAGCUGUCAUGUGCUACAUGGGACUACCUUUGAAAGUGACUCAGAAACUACAACUAAUCCAGAAUGUGGCAGCUAGACUAGUGACUGGGAGCAGCUGCCAGGACCAUAUAACACGGGACCUAAAGGAUCUACAUUGGCUCCCAGUAUGUUUCCGAGCACAACUCAAAGUGUUGGUGCUGAGCUUUAAAGCCCUAAACAGCCUCGGCCCUGUAUACCUGAAGGAGCAUUUCCACCCCCAUCAUUCAGCCUGGACACUGAGGUCCAGCUCCAAGGGCCUUCUAGCAGUUCCCUCAUUGUGAGAAGUUACAGGGAACCAGGCAGAGGGUCUUCUCAUUAGUGGCCCCUGCCCUGUGGAACUCCCUCCCAUCCAAUGCCGCAUUUCCUAAAAUAACUGAAGGCAGCCCUGUGUAGGGAAGUUUUAAAAAAUGUUUAGCUGAGGCUCAGAAGACUCUGCUAGCCUCACCAAAGCAGCUUCAGCAAGCCUCUGGCUGGUGAGGAGACUCCCUGCACCCAGGAGCCCGAAGAUAUCUUCUUUGGGCUCUGGGGUAGGUCUUCCGAGAGAAGUGCAUUCCGGGACCUUUUUUCUGGAAAAAAAGCAGAGUCCAACAACAUCCGGUUCCCCCACCUCUGGGGGAAUAGGUGCUGAUACCUAUUCUGUAGGUAUGUAAAGGUAAAAGGUCAAGGACCCCUGGACAGUUAAGUUCAGUCAAAAGCUACUACAGUGGUACCUCGGGUUAAGAACUUAAUUCGUUCUGGAGGUCCGUUCUUAACCCGAAACUGUUCUUAACCUGAGGUACCACUUUAGCUAAUGGGGCCUGCCGCUGUUCUGUUCUCAUCCUGAAGCAAAGAUCUUAACCCGAGGUACUAUUUCUGGGUUAGCGGAGUCUGUAACCUGAAGUGUCUGUAACCUGAGGUACCACUGUAUGGGGUUGCGGAGCUCAUCUUGCUUUCAGGCCAAGGGAGCCGGCAUUUGUCCACAGACAGCUUCCCAGGUCAUGUGGCCGGCAUGAUAUGACCAUUUCUGGUGCAACGGGACACUGUGAAAAGUGCCAGAGCACAUGGAAAUGCCAUUUACCUUCCCGCCACGGCAGUACCUAUUUAUCUACUUGCACUGGCAUGCUUUUGAAUUGCUAGGUUAGCAGCAGCUGGGACAGAGCAACGGGAGCGCACCCUGUUGCGUGGAUUCGAAUCGCCAACCUUCUGAUCGGAAAGCCCAAGAGGCUCAGUGGUUUAGACCACAGCAUACCUACAGAAUAGAUAUGAGCACCAUUCCAUCAGCAUUAAGUGCUACUGAGACCCAGUGAUUUCAUCAGGAAGAGUUCAGCAUGUGCUCAAAAUAGGUGGCCUUUUGAAAUAGUUGAACUUUGCUGGGGAACUUUGCUUGACAUCUUGUACUAAUAAACCAACUCCUAUCUUCCUUGCUGGUUUCUGCUGUCCUUAACCAGCUUAUUCAUUUCAUCACAUCAUCCUAAAAUUUAGAAAACACAACACUGUUCACUUGGUGAUGCAUCCGUGAGAUCUGAUGUGCAACACAGUGUGAAAUGGAAGUAGCUUUGUUUUAUGAGUGGCAAUCCCAGACUGCUUUGUGGGUUUUUAAGCAGGGUGUCCUUGUAAACAACUUUAAACAGAAUGCUUCCCUUUUUUUCUUCUUUUUUUUACAAUAAUGUUGAUUGAAUACUCUCCCUGUAGAAAAUUAGUUUCUAAAGCGGCGAAAUGGAACUCCUUAAUCUGGCACCAUGUUUAUUUGGGGCAAACCUUUCUCCAGAAACGAGAGACCCAGAGUGUGGUAAGCAAAUUUAUCCGGCUAUGGAUCCGGAGGCUUUUAUCUCCUGGGCACGGCUGUCUAGAAGGUGGUUUGCUAUUUCCCUCCUUCUUGCCUGUUUUGUGUAUGUUGCUGCUCUCCUGCUUUCAAUGGAGUUUGUUUCAUAUUUUUUUGGCAUUCCCCUAAAUGUGUAGAUCAUUGAUCUAUGGUAAGACUGAGAAUCAUCUGAUUAUAUUUUUUUUGGACUAGUAUGUAUUGGUAAUAUAACCCCUUUAAUUGCAAACUCUGGUAGCGAGUACCCACAGGACCGGAGCCAAAACACAAAGAAGGUAUCAGCAUGCUAAGAGAAUCCAAACAUUUGCAGAAACACAAAUAAAUGUGUGUUUUUUUAUUAAAAAAAAACAGCUCAGUGAGAUUGAGCUUUCUGAGUAGCCACAAAAUGUUGAAAAAGAAAUGGGGUGGGCAGUGGAAUUCAUUCAUUUAUCUUUACAUUUGUAGUCCGCCUUUCCUGCAAGGAGCCCGAGGUGGCACACAUAGUUCUGCUGCUUCCCAUUCUGUCCUCACAUCAACCCUGUGAGGUCAGUUGGGUCGCUGGUCCAAGGUCACCCAGUGAGCUUCCUCCUCAAGUGGGGGUUUGAAUCCUGAUCUCCUAGGUGUUACUCCCAACACCACUUCGCCGGCUCAGCAUGAAUGCCUUGCUUCAACUCCUUACAGCUUUCACUAACAUGGAGUAGGGCAAAGCUGGCAGACAGAAACACUCUUCUAGAUGGUGAGGGUGUAUUAUAAUGUUUUCUUGCAGGUCCUGUGUAAAUGUCAUGAAUCGCACAUGUAAAUGAUAUGAAAUGCUCAUAAAAAUAAGAGGUACAGAAGUGAUUUUGCUUCUCCGUCCACCUUUCUCUGAAACUUCUUUAAGAAACACCAUUGCCCCUAGCAUUGGAACUCCACUAUGUAUAUUGUAUGUAGCAUCUGGUUAGCCUCGGCCCCCUGGAAGUCUGUUUACUUCUGUUUGGCAAUGCCUGUGGUCUGUGGGUUGCUGUCCUGUUUUUUAAAGUGCGGUUGUUCUGUGUCUGGUGUCUGUUCUUCCAGAUCAUGAUGUUCUGAUGAAUAUGAUAGAGAGAAGUCUAUCAUAUUCAUCAGAACAUCACACACACACACACACACACACACAGAGAGAGAGAGAGAGAAACCGAAACCAGCUGUCUUUCUUUCUGCCUGGUUGCCCAGAGGUAAUUCUUACUUGCCACAAGCAACCAGGCAGGUGGUUAUAUUUACAAGCCUGACUUAGUUGGCAUGUUUGCACUUGAAUAUUGACUCCCUGGUACAAAGCUUGUAUACAGGCGUCCCCCCACUUAUGUGGGGGUUAUGUUCCAGGCCCCCACGCGCAUAAAGAAAAUCAUGUAAAGUGGGGAGCACCCAUUAUACACCUUCUCUGCUACUCUCUCUUCAACCCAUACCAAAAAAUACUCUAUUCAAAGAUAUCCACAACUAGAAUGGAAGCUCUGGGGUUGGCAGGAGGCUAGAGGUCGUGCAGGAAAGCGGCUGUUCUUGCUGUGCAACCCCACACAUCAGCUGUUAGGAGGGGAGGCUGAGCAGCAUGUACAAAGCCUCCAGCCUCUUGGGGGCUCCCUCCCCCCUCACUGCUGUCCUCUUUGGGCUCUGGGGAGGGUCUCCACGAGAACUGUCCAGCUCUCUCCCGCAAUUGCAGGUUUGAAUUGAAUUAUUUAAUAAUUUCCUGACGCCGCGCAUAUGCACGGUUGUGCACAAAUCCAUCAAGCAUAAGUGGGGGAAUUGCCUUGACUCCCUGAUACAAAGCAUACUCUGUUCAUUUCCAUGCCUGUGAUUUGAGAGAGAGGUGGAAGGCAAUGUCACAAUACAAAAGAGGCCAGAAGGCAAUUGGCACAGCUGAGCCCAGCCCAGUUGCUCCCUUGUAUACUGAUUUUUACAUGUUGUGAAACAGGCCCUGGAGGCUGGGGAGCUGCUGUGUUGGAUUGAAUCUGUUCUGUGUGGAAACAGGAGAGUGGAAGGUGGUUCGUGAUCAGUUUGUGUAAUGUGCUCUUGUUCUCUGCUUCCUUCCUGUAACUCCAGGACGAACCCUAGAAGAAAAGUGAUGGAUCUCACCUCUGUGAUGAUUCUUCCACUGCUUUUUGGCAGCCUGGGGGUUUUUGGGCUCUUCCGGCUGCUUCAGAGAAUGCGUGUGAGAGCCUACCUGAAGGAUGCAGUGGUGGUGAUCACAGGAGCAACUUCUGGACUAGGGAAAGGUAGGUUUCUGAGACAUUUGGCAUGGAGGUGGAGAGGAGAACAGCCUGUACAGGACAGCUUGUACAUUACUCAAAAUGUUUUCUCGGGAAAUAGGGUGUUACUAAACUCUCAUCUCACACCACGAAGGUCAAGCUUAGCCUUACAGGAUCAGAUUCCUUGUGAAGGAGGAGGGAAUCUGAGGAGUCUUGGUUUUUUAAUUUUAUUCUUCAGUAGCAUCUCUUAGCAAAUAUACAGGUUGAGCAGGUGGGAGGCAAGUCACAACAGAACUUCUGGAUUUUACAAAUGUUCAAAAAAUGGGGACUUGGCCAUUGUGCAUGUCCUCAUCCCUAGAUGAAACCCAAAACCUGCAUUGCAUCUAAUUUGUUAAAUUUGCUAGUUUACUCACACUCAAUGUAAAUAUGUACCAAUUCAGAUUUUAGGGCUGUAACACCAGCCUGUUUUUUUCUCUAUCCUUCCCCACUUUGCUUAACCUGCCCAAGGCUUGGAAAACUCAGAAGCUCCCUCAGUCUCUUGUGCCAUUUUGAUUGGCCUUAUAAAGACGUGGCCCUUUUCUGUGUUGGGAAUUUUUCGUAUGGGUCAACAUGGCAACCUUUGCUUCUUAGUGGCAAUGUGAAUCCCAAAGCAGCACCAAACUCCAUAUACGCACACACAGCAAGCAGAACACCAGAACAAUAGCUGCUUCACAAAGAACACAUGGCUUAAGUAAAACAAUAGAGAAUUCCACAAGAUACAGAAACACCUCAUCAUUUAGCCCUUCUGGCUGGUCCUUAAUGUUUCUGGGAUGGAAGGUGGCUCCAUCCCAGAAACAUUAAGGACCAGCCAGAAGUCUGUUCCGACUUAUUGCCUGCUACUUUGUUCCCCAUCUCCAUCGCCUUGUUAAUUUAUUGGAAGCGCAAGAGCAUGCAUUGGCAAGGGCAUGAGGUGAAUCAGGACCCCCAGACUCCAGGUCUUCUUUGCUGGGCCUCAGAUCUCCUGUCCUGCUUUUUGGGUAAAACUUUACUGCAAGGUUUCCUAAACUUGGGUCUCCUGCUGUUGUUGGACUACAAAUCCCAUCAUCCCUAGCUAGCAGGACCAGUGGUCAGGGAUGAUGGGCGUUGUAGUCCAAAAACACCUGGAAACCCUGCUUUAAUUUGGUGACUGGAAGACUAGGUGCCCUGCAAAGUGCAGUGCUGGUGAAAUCCCAGCCACCUGCCAGCUUGAUUUGCCCCAAGUCACUCUAUACAUACUUCAACUUUCAUCAAUCUCAGCAAGCAUGGCCAAUUGCCAGGGAUUAUGGGAGUGGUAGUUUAGCAACAUCCAAAGGUUCCCCACGCCUGCUAUUGGUUCUAUGAGUCAUGGGGCCUGUGAAAAGUACCUAGCAAUGCUAAACCUUCCCUGGUGGGGAGGACUUUCUCAAUCCAUGGCAUUUUCAGUCACUCCCAUGGGGAACCUGCCCCCAUAGUUGGGUAACACCUGCCCUAACCGGUUUUAUUCCAGCUUGGAGGCAGGUCUCAGCCAGUGAUUCAAACUCAGAUACCCCACUCCAGUCAAUUCUCUCAUGAGCCGAGAACAUCCUUAAAAUGGGUGGGGAAAGGGAAACAGUUAUGCAGCCUUCUGUAACUUAAUUCACCGGCAACUGACGCGUGGCCCCCGGUGGAGGUGCUUUCCUGUUCUCUGCAGAACAGCGUUGAAAGCCCUUUGGGAACGGAAUGUCCUCACUGCCUUAUCGUAGCUGUGUGCUUCGUCGUUGGCCCAACCACAAGCUUGGAGCGUGGGUUUCUCCUCAAGGUGCUGUGACUUCUUGGGAAGGAAGAGCUACCUUAAUGCAUCAUAGUAUACUAGUUCAUCUGUCCCACGGCUAUGUCUCCAGAUUUUGUUUAUUUGGUUUUUCCCCUGCCCUUUUCCUCGACAGGGACUCGAGGCAGUUAAAACUGAAACAGCUAAAAACAUGGGGGUAUUUACUGAAACACACAGAUUAUUGCCAUAAAAAUAUCACAGUACCAGCCCUUUCCUUAAAACCAGUUCCCAAAAGCCCGUUGGAACAAAAAAGUAUUCACCUGCUGGCAGAAGGACAAGAAGGAGGGAGCCAGUCUGAUUUCUCUAUGAGGGUAGUUCCAAAGUCUGGGAGCAGCCAUCGCGAAGGGUUACUGUUGCUUGAGAUACUUUUAAUUAGAAACAAAAGGGAUUGAGCCCUGCUUUGUUGAAAAUGAGUUCCGUGCCACUGAGCUGCGUCUCCCCCGCCCCCCAAAAUAUGUUUGACAGAUUAGUACAGGAUCCCAAUGAGAACUGAAAAGGGCUCACAGUUGGACUGAACCUUGGAAACUGCCUUACACCAUUGGCUUCAGUGUUGUCUGUUCUCUGUUGGGAGUGGUUUUAUAAAGUCUCAGGGCAGGGAAGGGGUUCUUUCCCAACCCAGCUCACUGGCGAUUGACCCUGGGACCUUCUGCAUGUAAAACAUGUUCUCAAUCAUGAACCUGUGGUCCUUAUCCAAAACAGUUCUCCUAGCUGAUUUAUUCAUUACAAUAUUUCUCUCUUCCUUCUUAGGAAAUGGAGAAUAUCAUCAUUAUUGUUAUUUAUUAAAUCUCUAUACUGCCCUUCAUCCGAAGAACACAGGGCAGUUUGCAAUAUGAAAACACAAAAAAACAUACCCUAAUAACAAACAAAACCAAUAACCUCCUUAACACACACACACCGUUUAAAAGGCCAUAGAUGGUUUAAUUAGCCUGGGAGAAGAGGAGUGUUUUCUCCUGGUGCUUCAAGAGAUGUGGUGAGGGUGCCAGGUGAGUCUCGCUGGGGAGAACAUCCCACAAGCAGGGAGCCACCGCAAAGGCCCAUUCUCGUGGUGCAGCCUUCUGGGCCUGCCAUGGACACCAGACCAGUCUUGUGUUGCUCAUGCCCAAGUAGUUUCAAGAGCGUUGGAGCACUGACUGUUUUUGAGGCCAUUCAAUGGUCGAACAGGUUCAAGGAGCCUUCCCCAACUUGGUCCCUCCCCUCAAUGUUUUGGACUGCAAUUCUCAGUCAGCUCUAGGCAGCCUAUCCAGUGGUCAGGGAAGAUGGGAGUUGUAGGAAGAAGGCUCCGCACCCCAUGCACAUAAAGGGGAAUUAUGUUCUGCAGUAGCAGCGAUACAGUGCAGUAUGCUGGAUAAAGGUCUUCUGCCGAGGAGAUCAGUGUUCAAAUCCCUGCUCGGCCAUAAAUUUUACUGGGCGCCCUUUGACAAACCAGUCUCUCUCACGGCAAUUCUAUUUCACUGAAAUGCUGAAUCUAAAAUGUGAUCAUAGAUCCAUGUCUGAUUCCCUCAGCGUUCUGCUUUAUUUAAUUCACCACCACGCCCUUUCAUUUACCAGCAGAACCUUUGAAUGAAGAAAUUAAAUAUAAAAUUGGGCUGAGGCCAAACAAAGUGUCAGAUACGUACCAAAACACGUGUCUAUAAAGAAUUAUGGGAUCUGUGGCUAUUCAGAUGUUGUUGUGCUAUAGGUCGCUCACCCCGUAACUGAUCCAAAGUCAGCUUCAUUGGCUGAGCCUGGGUUUUACAAUGAUUUCUCCACAAUACAGCAUGCAUAAUUUUGUAAAUCGCAAUCAUGUUGUCCGUCCCCCCCGCCCACUUGAGUUCUUCUUUUCCUAACCAAAGUAGUCUCUAACUUAAUCCUGAUCAUUUGGCCAUUUUCUCCACUGUUUCUAGAUCUACCAGUAUCCUUUCCGAAGUGCAUUCACCCAAAAGAGCAUUCCAAGUGUGGUCAUACAAGAGUUGUGUAAAGGCAUUUUUUUUCUGUCCCUCUCUCUCUCUUUUUGCCAAGAAUGUGCCAAAGCUUUCCAUGCCGCUGGGUCAGAACUGGUGCUGUGUGGUAGGAGCAGAGAGAGACUUCAAGACCUUCUGCAGGAGCUCUCCACUGCUGCUGGCCACCCAAAGAAUGUAAGCAACGGGGUGAGGGGGGAGGAAGAGGAGGAGGUGGAGAGACUGUAGGUCAGUGAUGCUUUUCACGCAGGUCACAGGUUUAUGGAGUUGUGGGAAGAGGAGAGGUGGAGAGGGAGAGAGGUGGAAAGGGGAAGCCAGUAAAAUGUCAUUUUUUUACAUAGUACAUUUGCAGGGCUUUUGUGUCAGCAUCACGUACACAGGGAUUUUGUUUUGCUGGCAGUGCAAGAGUCCAGAGGGUGCAGGGCAUGGUUGGUUGCAAUGUGUUUUGUUUCUGUGUGCUGCUGGGUCAAAUUAACCCCCUUUUAAAGCCAGGGUCGGCGUCAAGGCUCAGCAUCACUGAAUGCUCACUGAAGCCUGUGUCCCACUGCCAAUCCCUGGUGCCUCCCAUCCUUGCUGCUGCUGCUGCCUGAUCUGUUCUUUGAACAAGCAAGCAAGCAGCAAGAGGAGCAGCAAUCUCUGCAACAACAACAACAACAACAACAACAACAACAACAACAAUAAUAAUAAUAAUAAUUUAUUUGUACCCCGCCUAUCUGGCUGGGUUUCCCCAGCCACUCUGGGCAGCUUCCAACAAAGAUUAAAAAUACAUUAAAAUGUCACACAUUAAAAACUUCCCUGAACAGGGCUGCCUUCAGAUGUCUUCUGCAAGCCUGGUCCUUGAUAUCUCUGUAUUGUGUGUUAAUGAGAAAGCUAACUAGGCCUGAAAGCACCUUGCCCAAGGUCCAUCCCCUCCCCACCCUAAACAAAAACCAGGAAUCUGCCCUGCUUUAAGCCAUAUAAGCCAGUUGCUCCUUCCAAACGUGCUGGUAUCAGGGGUGCCACGCCCUUUGCCCCCUCCCCAAUAUUUUUUUGGGAGGGGGCUUCCCUCAAAUGUCCAGAGCAUGCGUUGAUUUAUAAACAUUUCCCUAGAUCCCUGUGGCAUGUUUAUAAUGCCAUUUUAUCUUCCCAGUAUCACACUGUGAGAGAGGAUAGGCGAAGAGAGUGGUUUCACCAAGGCUACCCGAUGAACCUUGCAGCUGAAUAGGUUCAGAUACGAUUAACUGCUUUUUUCUUUUCUUUUCCAACAGCCCCAUAAACACCACACUGUGGUCUUUGACCUCGCUGACAUCAAAGCAGUCGUUGGCGCUGCCACAGAGAUUUUGAAGUGUGCAGGCCAUGUGGACAUCUUGAUUAACAAUGCUGGAAUCAGCUACCGCGGCACAAUUGUGGACACCCUAAUGGAAGUGGACAGGAAAGUGAUGGAAACCAAUUACUUUGGCCCAAUUGCUUUGACAAAAGGUACACUGUAACAGCCUCCUCCUGUGUCUUUCUGCACACAUCCUAACCCUUCCUGCAGUGGUUACUGUGCCCCACUUCUUUAGCAGUUACACCUCUGCAACAUUCUAGAUUUGCUUCCUGCAUUGUAGGGGGUUGGACUAGAUGACCCUCAGGAUCCCUUCCAACUCCACAAUCCUAUGAUUCUAUGUAGACCACUUAAGUGCUGUCUUCGUAAAGCCUGUGGGACGUGCUUCAUGUAACAGUCUUGAAAAUGACCAUGGUGACACAAAUCAUAGGCUUACUUUCAAGCUAAAAUGGUCCUUGCUUGCCAUUUUAAUAUCUUCCUGAGCUGGAGGAGCUUGUAGAAAAGCAAAGCAGGCAAGCAUCAGGCAGUCGACUUGGCUGCUGAUCCCUCUUUCAAAGCAACUCUCCCUGCCCUUGUAGCAUUUCUCUACAUGGAGAAAAUCCUAGAGGGCAGCAGGAAACUGAAAGAGGUCUGCAGAAUUGGCUGUUAUACACAACACUGGUGGGAAAAAUGUAGAUGCAGCCCCUCAGCAGUUGCUUGGUGGAAACGUUGGCCCACUAGCUCCACUGAGUCUUACAUUCCUUGCUUAUAGUCUGUGUCUGCCUUUCUCAGCCCUGGGUCCCUAGAUGUUUUUGGACUACAACUCUCAUCCCUUAGCCACCAUGGCCAGUGGACAGGAAUGAUGUGAGUUGCAGUUUGAGAGCAUCUGGGGACCAAAGGUUGAGAAAGGCUUGUCUAUAUAAUACAGGGAUACAAUAGUUUUAUUUGCACCUUCCUUACUGAGUUUCUGGGCAAGUAAAAAUGGGACCCAUCUGUUCCAGCUGACCGUUCUCCAGUGUGCAUCCUAUUUUAUGUUCAAGUAGAUUUCUUAAGAAAAAAGGACUCGUUUCUUUCACUGAAAUCAGUGGAACUUUGUUCCAAAUAGAGUUUUUCAGCAUCAGGGUAGGAACAAUUCCUGCCUUGGAUAAGAAGUAACUGCAAGGUCAUCUUUUGGAUCCCAGUGCGAUUAUUUUGCCUCUCUCUUCAGGAAGCAUUUCUACAAAUAUUGCAACUUCAAGGUCUGCUAGGAAUCCCCAAGAAAUUGUGACUAGGAUAAAUUAGGCAGUUGAAAUACAUUUGUGUAAGACAGUUACACUUACACACACACACACACACACACACACACACACACACACGAUUCUAGGUAGCAGCAUAAGGAAGAAACCCUGGUCUCCCAGGAUCGAAGCACACAUUAUUUCUCAUGGCAAGAUUGUGGAGUCGCAUUCUCAUUCUCACCCCCUCCCUCCUCUCUCUAGCAAUUCUGCCUUCCAUGAUCAAGAGGAGAAAAGGCCAUAUUGUCGCCAUCAGCAGCGUUCAAGGCAAAAUUAGCAUUCCUUACCGCUCGGCUUGUAAGUAUUCUUCACAAGGCUUGGGAGGGGUUGGCUGCUCUGGAACCACCAGCGCACCGGAAAGGGGCAGCCAACACAUUAUAGUAGAUACAGCACAUAUAGAGCUCAAGGGAGGGGAGCCUCAGGCCAGUGUUUCUCAAACGCGGGUCUCCUGUUCUUGUUGGACUACAACUCCCAUCAACCCUAGCUAGCAGGACCAGUGGUCAGGGAUGAUGGGAGUCGUAGUCCAGCAAAAGCAGGUGACUCAAGUUUCAGAAACACUGGCUUAGGCGAACCUCAAACAUUGGGAAGAAUAGUUUCUGCUCUCCCUAUCUUCAUCUUUGCUUGUCUCCAGAGCUGGGUGUGACUUCCACAGGGCCAGUCCUACUGCACAAAGAACUCAAUUUCUACGGGUGCCAGCAAUGCAGGGUCCCAUUUUAGUGGGGUGCUUUGGUAUCUUCUGCAUCACCAGAAGGUAGCAUACGUCUUGCAUCGUGUGGUCCAAAAUGCCCAACUUCAUUCUGGAUAAUCACUGCCCUUACCCAGGUAUUCCUCCCCCUACAUCACAUUUACGAUAAGAAUGCAAACUUUGCCAUCAAAAUCUGCCUAGGUAGUUGUGCUGAAUCUGAUUAUAGCAUUCAUGCUAACCUAACAGACUUGGAACUUCUCCGCAUAUAUUGAAAUCUAACCCUCCAAUCCUAAAAUAAGAAAUUGGAAAAGGAACAGGGUAGUGCCAUUGUUCGUAGCCUGUAAAAAGACACCAUGCUCAAAAGCUCUUGCUUCAUUUGUUUGGAAUAAACCUGUUUGAUUCAGCAAAGAGCGCAUUGGAGCUGACCUCCAAUUUUCCCUCUCUAAAACAGAAAUUCUUUCACAUGAUUAUGAAGAUCCUUGCAGAGACUCAUGCAAGUUUACAACUUGGUUUUGAAUUCUUACAGUCCCUUUAUGAUAUUCCCAAAUUUUCCUUUAAUGAGAAGCUGUUCAGCAGCUGGCAUACUAUUAAAGUCUGCCCAUCCUGGGCUGGACCAAGGGCCUGUGUGCUCCAACACUGGCAAGAUGUCAUUGGAAAUCUUGUAAGCAGAGCAGAAUCAGACAUAAUCACCCUUGUUGCUUGCCCCAGCAAAAGCCUACUGCCUUGGAAUAGGCUGCAUUCAGUUCUGGUAGCUAAUAGCUAUUUACGCUGUUACAUGCUUCAUGCAAAAGGCAGCUAUGCAUUUUGGCUGGGAAGCUGCAGAUCAGAAAUCAACUGAAAUUGUGUCACCUUUGGGGUUUUUAGAUGCUGCCUCUAAGCAUGCCACCCAAGCCUUCUUUGACUGCCUACGAGCAGAAGUGGAGCAGUACGACAUCGACGUCACAGUUGUGAGCCCCGGCUACAUUCAGACAAAUCUCUCACUUAAUUCCGUAAUGGCAGAUGGAUCCCAGUAUGGAGGUGAGGACUAGCUUUGCUUGUGUAAAUUAUAUGUAUCUGUUGGCGUACAGGGAGUGCCAGUGGAGGGAAAGGGGAAAACCCGGUUUCUCAAAGUUUGGCAUUGACUGAAAAGGCCCAAUAUAAAAACUAGCACAUUUAACAAAGUUGGAUAAUCUUCAAUGGCUUUAGUGGCCCAUGUUCAAUGGUCACAGACUUGUUUGCAGAGUCUCACCUCUGGACAUCUCUUGAUCUAUGGGCUUAAUUUGUAAUCUUGAGCCUCCUGUAUCCACCAACAGAAAAUAAUCUCUAGAGGGAGGUAGUAAUUUGUUGUUCUUUUCAGUAAUGGACAAGUCAACUUCUGAAGGCAAGGCAGCUGCAGAGGUGGCUCAGGUGGUUCUGAGUGCUGUUGGGGAGAAGAAGAAGGAAGUGCUGGUUGCUGGCUUCAUGCCUUCUCUGGCCGUGUACGUGCGAACGCUCUGUCCCAGGCUCUUCUUCCACUUUAUGGCAUCUAGAGCCCGGAAAGAAAGGAAAGCCAAGGAUUCUUAACCAAUUGGAGUUCAUUUUAAACCAUUGGUUUAAAACCAGAAGCUACCAGCUGAUGUGUCCAGGGUCUGUGGGAAGCAUGAACUUCAGGAUUGUUUAAGUUGCAUCUCUCGCUUGCCGUGAAGAGUUGGAGCCAGGCUUGUGCUGCUUGCACAUCACUGAUGGCAUCCGAAAAGCUGCUUUCACCACUUACAGCUUUGUUGGCUCCCUGGGACAAAAGGCUUCAUCUGCAAGGAGUUAGGCCACGGGAAAAUUCUCCUGCGUGUUGAAAUGAGCAGGAACUGCACACCUCCACAGCUCCCAUUCGUCUUAUUUGGGCUUGUCCACAAGACAACAGGCUACUAGCAGCUUACUAUGUUUACUUUCCUCUGGCCUAGGCUCUCAUCAGCUGAAUGUAAAAUACUUAUUGGGGGAGAACGAAAGAAAACCAUUGCCUCCAAUAUCAUUCUCUUAAAAACCUAAGUGGUUGCAGGCUGCUUCUUUUUGCCAGGGUGGGGAGAAGGGAUGCAGGCAGCUGAAAUUAAAUAAGCUUGUGCUGCACAUGCAUUGCCCAACUGCACUUACUGCAUUUUGGCCAGGACUCAAAAGCCACCACCUCCACUACCCUUAUUCCUAGUAGCCUAGCUUGGUAUUCUCACCUGUUAAGCUCAGAGUAGGUCCUGGCUAGGAACUACAGGUAACUCCACAAGCACAUCCAAGUAUCAGAAAGCUGUUGUCCCCGUCCCCCCAAUUAUCUGGGGUGGGUGGGAUGCUGCAGCUUGCCUUCCUUAGGCAGAUCUGAGUUGCUAACUGCUAUUAAAAUAGACAUGAAAGAGGAACUACAUAUACUGUUUGCUCUGCAGCUCAUCUGAAUGUAGUAUUUAGUGUGCAAAGAACAUCCUUGUCUGAUAGUAGCACCAGCCUCCAUCCCCAUUCAGUCUUACUGAUUCUCUAAUGGCAAAUUCAAAAGCCUAAUUCCUGAAAGCAGAAUUGUUCGUAGACAGAUGCAGUUUCAUAAGGCAGGUAACACAAAGAUUCCUUGCAGCAAGCACAUAACUCAAUAGAACUAACAAGAUGGUUCUCAGAAUUCUUAACCUUGAGAGUAAAUAAAUGAACAUUAGUGAUUGCUUGUACCAGCAGAAGCUAAAACACUUUACAUAAUAUUUGUGCUUUUUUCACCGUUCUGGUUUAUAAUUUGAGGGAAUUACUGCAUUAGUUACUUGCAGAAUGCCUGUUAUAAUCCUCGUCUUCAGCAAGCAAAUACAGCUACAGGAAUCUGCUUGGCGCACUCAACAGAUACUGUGACCAGAAGGCUGCAGGAUUUCAACCCUUGGCCAAACUGACCUACUGAACAGAAGCAGCAGCAAGCAGCUUGCUGUACUGGAUUCCAAGGGCUAAAGAUAGCACUGAGUUCUGGCUUUGCCCUUGUGGGAUGCCAUUCCAAGGUCACUAAACAUUGCACAAAGGUCAGGUUGCAGCUAUCACGCUAAGCAAGAGCAUAUACCUGUACGUGACCUGAGCAUGUUCACAUGCUUCCAUUCGCAAGUCACAAUAGUCUUACUCUUUCCCAGAGUCUUGUGAAAAUACCCAGGAUUUAUCAGUUAAAAUGUGAUCAGAGGGAAGACUUCUUGUUUCCAACUAGGAAAUGAAGACUUAUACACAAUCCACAGUUCACUGAAAAGUUAAAAGGAGCAGGGGACUUGACUAAAUACUGCAAGAAGGGCAGCUCUGCCUCAAGUUCCCCAUCCAUAAUGGCAAGUACGAUAUACCUCAUGCUCAACUAUCAUUACACUCUUAUGUCACCAAGGAUAUUCAGAGGAGGCCCAUUCAUUUCAGUGGGUCCACUCUUAAGUGUGGCUAGCACUGGCUUCAUCCCUGAGUUCCCCAUCACUGGGUAGCAGGGGCAGGAUCCAAGAUAGGUUGAACUAGAUGCUAGGGAGGGAAGAACAUAACAUGGAUUUUUUUCUGCCAGAUAACAGCAAAGUUUAAAGAGGGUGCAUGCAAUAAUGAUUGAAAUAAAGUCCUGUUAUAGAAGAGCAAGUGGUCUGCCUACAAUUUCACUUGUACUUGGGGGGGGGGGGAAUUGCAUGCACCAAAUGAGUUUUUGUGAGAGUGUCAUAGGGGCUGGCAGUUUAUGGAAGAUCAUUUGCUUACAGCAUUCAGAAGCAAGUUUUAGUGUUAUAAAACAUGGGAAAGAGAUACUUAACAGACCUGUUCUUUAACAGUGUACUGAGACAUUCAAACAGCACAUGCUUCACUGGGCAUUAGUAUUCAGAAUAAAAAAUAAAUUCUGGAGAAGUGCUCACAAUAGGGCAGUUACACUAUAAUCUGCUAUGGAGGAUAUUUAAAUUUGCCAUUGAAGUGCUCCUUUUUACAGGGCUGAAGUCCAUUAUAAAGGCUACUUAAUCCCUGUACAAUUACAUGAAGGGAAGAAUUGUUCUUUGCAUGCUAACAGCAUAAUCUUAACACCAGGUAAAAUCCAGGAGAAUUUGCAAAUUCAGCCUUGUCUUAGUUAACAUUUUAAGUUUUGCUGCGACUUUCCUGCACUGCAAGGCUUACUAAGCUUUGAGGGCAGGUAAGCCCCACGCAAAAGGGCAUGGCUUAUGUUUCUGUGUUCCAGCAGUACAAAUAUUGGGCAAGUUAACAUCAAGGGCUUGCUCUGAUGAAGGAAGCACCCAGCAAACCUCCUCUUGUUGCCGUAAACAGUGAACCCUCCUCAAGGAGGCCAUCUACUCAUAACCAAAAGCUGCACUUCAAACUCACGAGUUAGUAUGAUUAUAGCCUUCCUUAAGAGUUAUUCCUCUAGAAACAACUUUGGCACCAAAAGAAAGCAAACCACUUGAAAUUCUCAUCCUUUAAUGAAUGGUCAGUGAUAACUUUGAGCUGGUUCUGUAGAAUACAAUUAAACAAUAUACUUAAAGGUUUCUUGGGGGGAAAACAAAAAACCCACACUCCCUCUUAGGUAUCUUUCCGUUCAUUGACAUUCCAUUAUUGACUUCAGCUCCCACAGUGUUCCUUUUCACGGCAGAUCCAUGUCUGAGGUGUAAGAAAACUGAAAAUUCCCUUGAUGCACCCAGUGACAUGUUAUUUUUGUUCUAAAAAUAACAAAAAAAUAAUAUAUGGAUAAACCAAACUGCUUCCCAGGCACCACUUCAAGAAGAAAAGUUGAAUGUCACUGUGGGAGUCUUAAUACACUUUUUUUUUUUUUGUCUUUGCGGAUUUCUCCUUCCUCUGCCGCAAUCAUACGGCGUAAAGUUCAUAAAUCUUCUUUACACAGUACACCAGGGCAGCGAGUGCUAUCGUGUUAUGCAGUCUCUUUCUGUGCAGGUCGUCCUUCCUCACCAGAACCACGGGAGUGGAGGAGGUGAGUGUAUGCAGGGGCAGGCGAGAGAGUUUAUAGGCAUUAUACUCCACUUGGUACUUGCAGCAGGGGUCGAAUUGCCAAGAGAUCCCAUAGAGGGUGCAGCAGGCUAUGCUGAGGACGCCAGCAGGCAAAGAGAUGUAAUGGGAAUAAUCUACGGGAACAGCCAGGGGGGUGAAGAGGCAGGCUGUGCCCGCUAGCACGGCCGUCUUGUGCAGGCAGUUCCCAACAGUGAUCCAGCGGGCCGUCUCGUCCCCAAUGCGCGUGGGCUCAAUCACAAUGUAUUUGUACUGAGCCUCUAAGGCCUGUUCCAGCUCGUAUUCAAACUGGUCCUGAGCAUUCUCGCCGUUGUAGAUUUCGUGAACAAUGUAACAGUCCGUGGCAGACAAGGUGACCCUGUCGGAAGAAAAGGCAAGUGAGUUACUUGAGGGUUGUGAACUGGCCUUGCUCCCUGCCUUCCCCCCAUCAGUACAACCUAUAAGCUUGCCUAGGGGCUGUAGCCAAAUUAAGAAUUCUAGGCAAGCAAGCCUGGCAGUAAAGGGAAGGAUGACUGAUCCUCCUCUGCGUGGUUUCUGUACUAACUGCAGAGGAUGAAAAGGCUCUACAACCAGCAUGGGGGGGGGGGGACACGACCCACAGUGGUCCAGCAGAGAGGGAACUGACCCCCCCCAUAGAAACCACAUACACUCACUUUUUUUUACUAGCCUAGUAGCAGUUCAGGUCUUAUUUACUUGGUGGUCAUAAACCUGUUGUUCUGCACUUCUUAUUUUACUGUUAUAGUGCACUGAGGACAUCAACAUCUUGUGCUCCGAAUUUAAGGACACCCAUACAAAAUUUGUUUGAGUCACAAUAUUCCUAGCCUUGUUCCAACAUGAACUCAGGCAUUAGAGGGCCAGGUAACAUGAGCGCAUGAAAAUUAUCAACUGAUUUGGGAGACUCGUCAUAGUACAGAAACCUGUUACGAUGGGAAGACUUGUCCAAAAAUCCCUUUGGUAACUAAGCCUUCACAGCAGGCACUAGCCACAUGUUUUCAAACUUUAUUCCUUAAUCACAUGGGCUAGAUAGGAACUUCUGCACCAAAUGCUUCAAAAAUGAUGGCAGGUCACCAUAUCAGGGUCUGGCUGAGCUCCUUUCCAGACAAUUUUCCAUAUUGAGUUCCUGGUAUCCCCUUGAUGAAGGGCAGUUUAGAAAUCUCACACAAAAAAGUUUGGUGUUGCUUUUGGUGAUGAUAAAGAUCAUGGGAUUGGUACUGGACACUACACAAAACAACACUUUCAGACCCUCAAGUAGUGGCAACCAGAUCUUGACUUUUACUGUCUUUCCCUCCCUUGAGAACAGCCUCAUCCUUUUAUUUCUUUUCCUCAAAACUGACCACGUUUUCCAAUGAUAUAAAGCAGUGUGUGUUAUCAGUAUAACUGGCCAAAGUCUGAAGGUGGCCGCUGACAUUAAGAAUUAACAUCACAGGACUGUUCCUGCAAGCAAGGUGUACCUACUUUUUCAGAGGCCAGUUUCUGAAGGCAAAAAGCUUUCCUGAGGAAGGUUUCCAAAACACCAACCUGGAGAGUGGGACCAUUUAGCUACAUGGAGCUUGGAAAUUAACCAAUCCAUACUCACACUAGAAAUUAAUGGGCCUGGGAGGGAAAACAGAUCCUACCUCUUUCAAGUUUAGAAAUUCAGAACAUUUUCUGAACCAGCAGUACUUUGCAGUUUUGCUUAUGGAUCCUUCACGGGUCUGUGACUAGAGGAAGACAAAUAAAUGAAGGGGAGAUCCUCUUUGGUUCACUCCCAACACGCAAAACAGUGCUACCAAUGCCAUACUGCACCACAUUCCCUGCUCCCUUUCAGUGUUCUACUAUGAACAUUUUGCUGUUUUAUUCUACUUGUCUCACUGUGGGUGGGUGGCCACAGCCAGCUCUCCUGCAGGUCCUGUUGAAUUGAACUAGUGUAAUGACUUGAACAUACAUAUAUUUUGCAUUAGGGAAGUGAUUCCCCACAUUUAGAUACAUUUUGGGAGCAAUCCAAACCCAAGAUCUGAUCUGCCAAGAGUUUGGAAUAGGUGGAUCUCCAAUUGAGUCAGGGCUCAGCUAGGUAAAGCCCCUCGUUCCAGCUCAGUCAGAGAUGCACCAGUCCAUCCUCCAACCCAGCUCAGCUGGAACUAGUCUCAAAAAAGGAGCAUUCGGGCAGAUUUACCUCUGUUCCAGACUCUGUUCAGCUUGGUCACAUUACCUAGCAACUCAGCACAAAUUACACUGAUGAAAACAGUGGUUUAAGUCAAACUCCAUUUCUAAAUUCUUCAUUUCCCACUGCUAGGCUCAGCCCCACCCCUGAACAGUUUGCAAUAGGGGUCAGUUACACCAGCAUAAUUUACCCUUGCAUAAAUGACACUGGACUCCUAUGGUUAGAUUGUUCUGCCCCCGAUGUACAAGGCUAUGGCUCCUCCCCCUUCAAGAUACAUGGUAAGGAGAUCCAGUCAUUUCCCUGUUGUUGCUCCCACGUGUUUCAAAGGAACAGCCACAAUUGAUACACCUUGAUGGCCUUCCUAAUGCGUAUUCACAAAACCAGUUCCCAAUCACAAUAUGCAAGGUCCAAAGCAAAUGUAAAAGCGGAACUUCAGAAACACAAGCAGCAAGAGAGGCAACAUUAAGAAGUCAUCAACCAGAACAGGACACACUGCUGUAUUCAUUAGCAGACUAUGAGCAAGGAUUAAGAUAUUGGAUGCUACUGAAAGCAUGUCUGAGAACAUCAGCAGGGCAGAUCAAUACACACUAAAUCAAAAAGUGCUUGUUGGGGGGGGGGUGCUAUUGAAAUAGUUUCCACAUUCCCUCCUGGGAAGCCAAGAAAAGCCCACUGCAAAAUGGCUAUCAGUCAAUUUGGACAAAACAUUUCAAGCUGCUUUGAAAUUUUAAAACUUUUGAUGCUGCGGUGAGGUACACCAUGCAAAACAAGAUUCAAGGAGCAAUCUUGUUUACUUGACUUGGAAGGGGGUAGACUCUUUUAAAAGCUACCUCAGUUUUGAAGACCAGGAAUAUGACUGCCACAUCCCCCAUCUCCUCUUUAGGAUUUAUUCUGAACAAAAAGCCAGUAAAUAGCAAUCUCUUGAAGAGGGACUUUAAAAUGUACUCUCCUCUUUCUAUAACAAGCAGGGAUUGAAGCACCCUGCUAGUAUUGUGCUUGAGACGCAGAUCAACUUAGCCCAUUUUAAAGCCACCACGGCAGGAGAAAGCUUUUUCCAGACCACAUAGCCAAAGGACACCUUUGUUCAAAAUGGGAUGGAACAAAGCUUUGGAGCAGCUGUGUACUCUACACAUUCUUUUUCUAGACCCUCUCAUCCAAAACAAAGGGAAGCUUUGUAUGGUGUGGAGUUUGUUUAGCGUCUGCCUGGAAUAACGUUCCCACCGAUGACACUGGGAGGGGUGCAAAUUUUAGCACUGUUGCAAAAAAGCUCAGCACACCCAAUUCUCUCUCUAAAUCAGAGCAAGGAUUAGAAUCUCGAGAAGCGUGUAGAGAAAUCCAUAGAGGCUAUCCAUCAUGUGACAGCCUCAUUAGGAAUUCCUUUUAAAACAACAACACUGCAUUCACCAGUUGCGAAAACCCAUGGGCUUCAAUACAUUGAAGAUGAAAGUCUGUACACUUGUCACCCAAGAACCCCGAGAUUAAGUCUGAACCCUGCAUAUAAAGUACAGCACAAAUAAACCUACAGCUGGGACAGGAUUGCCUCUUCAUACAUUUGAGACAGCCCAGCAGGGGGUCGGGGGGCAGGGGCAGGAGAGGGAGGAUCUAGCAAUAGCAAAAAUGUAUGUUUCAAGACUGCAAGCUUUAAUGUAUACACACCCACAGCGGGAGAAAUUCCUGCAUUCAGCUGCAUAGGAAUUUGAAAACCUCACAUUCACACGCAUACAUAGUACUGCUGCAAGCUGUAAUUGGUUGAUCACUCAAAUAAUCCUUUAGUUAAUUGGUGGGGGGCAAAUUUUAAUCCACUGCAAUGCAAGCUAAAGGCACAUGUUUGUUCUCUGAUGUCAUUUUCGUGCCUUCCUGUAAUAGGCAAUGAACGGAAAUACUAAGAUGACCUUCCGUCCCAACAAUGAGCAGCAGUUUUUAAACUACUGCUUUACAGCUUUACACUUUUACACCUUCUGUGUCACAAAAGGCACAUAUAUGAGGUACCUGUAACAUCCCCAUUUAAUAAUCAACUGGUGAUUUGCACAGCAGACCAACUAAACAAUCAGUUGACAAUCCACAUUCUAUCUCACCUUUCCAUCAAAUAUGCUCAAAGCAGCUUACAAUAUAAAGUUGAAACGCAGGUCAUAAAAAUAAUAAAAAGUUGUGCCAAUGAAAACCAGCAGCCUGUUAAAAAAAGGCAGGUCAUAAUUCAAUUAAAAGCCAAAGUAAAAAUACAGUUUUAACCCAGCACCUAAAUGAUAGAAGCCUAGGUUCAAGAGAUGCCUUGGAAGGGAAUACCAAAACCAAAGUACUACCAUAAACAUUGUAGAGUGCAAGCAUUUCUGAAUGCCUUUUGGACAAUUUUUUAUAUCAAAUUCUCUCCGUGUCAGUUAUUAAGAAAUGAAAUAAAAUGUUAUUUAAAUCAAACGAGGACAAAUAAGUGGUUCUUGGUAGGAGAGGAAUUCUUGCACUGCCGACUGGCAAAGUUUACGUCACAUGGUGUGUCAAGUAUAGAAGGGUACAUCCGAAUAAUUGCAUGAUCUUUCAAAUGCCAUUAAAUACCAAGAGCCGCACACCGUAGGGGUCUUGGAUCACUUUGUCCCAAGUCUAAUCGCUAGGGUCAGCCCUUUCUGACACAGCCGAAGACAAGCAUGUGUUAUGUGUAUCAAACUCUUUCAAUGCUAACCAUGGUUAAAGAAUUCAGUAUCACCAAGGCUGUACAUGGUUUGACAAGAUUGCUGGGGAAACCUCAGAGCUGCAACAACAGGGCAGUAACUGGAGAUCAGAGCUGAAUGGAGAGGAUGCCCACCCCAGAACGCCUAACCACACACACUGUAGUGUAGUCUAGGUAUUACCAUUAAUAUCAGCCCCCUGAUGCAAAGCCAUGCUCAAGAGAGCGUUGAAGAGGGGCGCAUGAAACAAAAGAAAGGACAGCAACGCAUGUGAAGUGGCCCAGCAGAUUUUCACUCAGAAUGGAAAAGCCAAAACUUCAGAGCUGAAUAAAAGUAGGUUGUCCACUGUGUUUGAUCAACUUGAAGAGUCACACAGCUGAAUGUGCGCCUAGUGUUUCACACAAGAAAACAAUCACAGGAUCAUAUAAUCACAGUAAAUUGCUAGUUUCUCUAAAUGUUUAUUGUACUUCUGCAAACCUCAAGGUUCCUCCGAGCCUGCUGACACCUCCCUCUGCCUUGUGGAUGGUACCUCUCUGGCUAUAUAUGCGACGGCACUCUCACUGCCUGAAUAUCUGUAACAGAUGGAACAAGUGGAGGUUGCAACAAAAUGCUGCAGUGGAUUAUUCCUCCACCCUAUUCUUCCCACCCAGUUUUCACCUCCACCCCUCCGAUAUUAAUAAGUGCUCUAUGGCCACUGCGCAUGUCCUUUCCUCAUGGGACCCACCUUGCAGACUCCCCACUCUGUCUUUUCGGUUUUUUAAAACAGUACCAGCCAUCUCAGGCCCAGUUUUAGAAACUCAUUGAUACACAAGCUAAUUGCCAAAUAGCACCUUAAACCUAGGUUAUAGUGUCACAAUGGAGUGUCUAGGUGCCCUUUUUUGAAAUGGAAUUAAUUAUUGUUAUUAAUUUCAUUUCUAUACCACUUUAUAUUUUAAAGGAAAAAAAUGUCAAAGCAGUUUACAACACAUUAAAACAUCAAAUAAAACAAUCCAGAACAUAACAAAUUCAAGCUUCAAGGAAAAUAUUCCAGAUCCUUCUCUUAAAUGAAUUUGGCUUUCGCCAUAUUUACCUAUGUAAUUUGUAGAGCUGCCUUAGAGCAUAAGUACUUUAGGAAGCCAGUGUGGAGCAGUGGUUAGAGUGUCGGACCUAGAACCUAGGAGAUCAGGGUUCAAAUCCCCACUCGGUCAUGAUGCUCCCUGAGUGAGCUUGGGCCAGUCACAGCCUCCUAACCUACCUCAUGGGGUGGUUGUAGGGAUUAGCUGAGAAGGGGGGUAAACCAUGUACUCCUUUCAGAAAAAAGUGGGAGAUAAAAGCAAUAAGCAAGCUCUUCUGCUUACCUGCUUAAGAAAGCUGGAGGGACCAGCCAGAUAGAGAUGCCAGUCACCAACAGCCAAAGAUCUCCACAUGGUCACAAUUGGACCGCGCAUAAUGCGCCUGGUGAAUUUUGAACAGUGCUCAGUCUAUACAAUCACCAGGGGAGAACCUGCUGGUGUUGCAGCCACUUGGAGGUGCCUGGCCAGUGGCGUGCCCCAUGUUUGUGGAAUGCCCCCCUAAUGAGGCACAUCUGUCUCCCUCACUAUUAAUUUUUAAGAGAAAUUUCAAAACAUUAUUUAGUCAGGCUUUGGAUGACUGAAAGUCAUGUCCCUGGCAAUCCUGAAAUUAUUAGUUUGAGAGCAGACAAUUGCUUUUAGGCAUUUUAAACUGGUUUUCAGAAGGUUGUUCCAAACUGUUUCUACAAGUUUUAUUUGUAUUUAGUAUUGAUAUGUUUGCUGCCAUACGCUCCUUUAUUAUAAAUCUAAUAAAAGGCUGCCAAUACCUCCAUCUUGUGUGUGAAUGAUGCCAUUUUGGUUUCAUAAGGAUCAUUGCUCAGAGAAUUAAGUUCACUAUUAGUACACAAGCUUGUACCACACAUAACACUUAACACAUAAACACAUUUGAACAUUCCAAGUACUUCCAAGCCUGGUCAUUUUUUAUUCCAUCCUUGGCAUGGAAUUCCCACCCCAAACAAAUGUGGUGCCUCCACUCUCCUCUGCAAAACCCAUAUCUUCUGCAUAGUAUUUGGAUUACUCCUUUAAUCCUCAUUCCUAACUAUAACAAAGGUUUAAGACAUUAAACUGCAUUUGCCAACAUUCCUCCCUCCUUCCUCUUUGACUGUAGGUAUCUGUCCCAAAUGCACUUAUAUAUUUUGGCUGAAUACUGUACCAGAUAUGCCGAUGACACUACGUAAUCCAAAGGUGGGGAACCUCAGGCCCCUGUAUUGGUUCUUCCAGGCUGCGUCCCCUCCCUAGCCUUGCUCAGCACUUUCUUGAAUGCUUCUGGCUUGGUUGGAAUGCGCCCUUGAACUGUGCUAAUGCCCUUGCUUCCCUGAAUGGAGAGGGAAGUGUAUGUAGAAACCUGACUGGAAUGAAGCCUGCUAUACAAUGGAGAAAGUUCCAUCCAUCCUCAGCCUCUUCCUGUGGCAUGUGAUCCCUGGAAAGGUGCCCAUUGAGGGAAUGUGGACCAAUGCUUGAUCUAAAGAAACCAUUACUGCUCUAACUGAUGUAGUCUAUUAUCCCCAGAUCAUGAUGAGGGUGAGGGAUGAGAUGGAGAAAUAGCAGCUGGUUGAAGUUGUCAGUGGUUACCUGCCCCUAACGAGCAAUCUGUUGUAUACAAAGUCAGACCGUUUAUCAAUCUAGUUCAGUACUGUCUAACUGGCAGCAUCUCUCCAGGA